AUGGCUCUCAUCUGUGGAAUGCCAUGGCUGAAGCAUUGGACGAAGCAACGAAGGCUUAGUGUCGUUCCUCUGAUGAGAGUGGGCGGUCUAGAGUGGGAGGCCUGCAUAAAUGACGCCAUGCCGUGGAUGACAAUAUAUAACCUUAAAAUUUAUGAAAUGCUGGCCCACUUAUCACACAAUAUUGUCAAGCGGUGGGAUCUUGCUGCCGUCGAAACCAAUGGUUCUGAUGGCGGAUACGAUUCCUCGAGUCUUCAGUUGGCCACAUGGUUGGCUACAGGACUGAAGAAAAUGAGGCUCGUCAAAGGCUUCCUGAGGUGCAAACGGUUCAGGGGAACGGCGAAAAUAAGUUACGCCCAUUCGCCCACAUCGCGGCUGUCGGCCAUAUGUGGAAUGGACAAAAUUAGUUAA